AUGAAUACACCUGGUAAAGCCCAGCACUUUCUAGAGUGUGGAAUUAGAGACUGUGAAAGGAACUGCCAAUAUUAUUGCAACCCUUGCCACCUGGAAUUGUGUGAACAAUGCAGAAAUGAACAUCUGAAGAGUCCAGAAAAUGGGAACCAUGAGUUGGUCCUUUAUCAACAACGUAAGCAACAACUUCCAUUGGAAAAAUGCAAAAUUCACACAAAUAAAGAUAUUGACUUACUCUGUGAAGAAUGCCAAGUUCCAUUAUGUUCCAAGUGCACAACACUAGGGGAUCACAGGGGACACAUGUUUCUUGAUCUUGAGGCUAUUUAUGCAGGAAAAUUUGCACAAUGUACAGAAGAAAUCUCCAAAAUUCAAGAAUAUUUUCUUCCUACAGUACAAGAAUUAAAGAAAGAAAUAAUAAAAGAUGCCGUAGAAAUCAUGAAGGUCAUAGACAAAAUAAGGACCUCUAUGAAAUCUGAUGCGUCUGAGUCCCUUAAAAGUCUGGUGGAUGAAGUGCAAUCAGAGAACAUGAAGCAGCUAGACCAAAUAGAAAACUCCUUGAAAAAAGAUUUAAAAUCCCAAGAAAUGACAUUCAAUGAUUACAUCAUUUAUCUUGAAGACCUUGUCAAAAAGUUCAAUGGCCACCUGUCAUCUACAAAAUCACAGAAAUUAAUUUCCUUAACUUCUGAAAGGAUGAAAACCCAACCCAUACCAGAAACAACAAAACCAGUCACACCAGUAUUUAUUAGAGAGCAAUGUAGCAAAAAUGAAGUCAUAAAAUUACUUGGCAGAAUAAAUGUUCCCUUGGUUAAAAGAGAAGAUGAUCAGUCAGGCAGACUCUGGGUCAGUGACAAAGUUGGUAACCUAGUACAAACAGAUCGACGGGGGAAUGAAAUUCUGAGGAUAAAAGCCAGUAGUUAUGGUUAUGGUUUUCACACAGUCACACAGGAAGGGGAUCUGAUAUUCACUGAAGGACACAAGAAAGUCAUCAGUAGGAUAACACUGGAUAACAAAAUCACUGAAUUCAUUAAAACAGGAGACUGGGAACCAAUCUGCAUACACUCCUCUCGCACUAAUGGGGACUUACUGGUGGGGAUGAAGAAGGAUGAUAAAGAGGGUAAAGUCACCAGGUACAACAAGUCAGGGAAAGAACUACAGAACUUACACUGUCAGAGAGAUAAAACGAGGCUGAGACCAUAUAAUUGUAAAAAUUAUCCAAUCUACAUUACAGAAAACAUUAAUGGAGAUAUCUGUACAUCUGAAAUCAAUAGUAGUAAGUCUACCGGUAAAAGAAGUGUAGUAGUCGUGGUGAAUAAAUCAGGAGAACACAGAUUCUCUUACAAAGGUGAGGGGAUGCGAUUUAUAGAGUACGAAUUUGAAGAAAUAUGUACUGAUGCCCUCGGUCACAUACUGGUGAGUUGUAUGGACAAUGUUCUCGUCCUGAAUCAGGAUGGUCAGUUUUUAUCUCAACUGUUCCAUCCACGGCUAUUUUCUAAUGCCCUGAUUAAAAGUUUAUGUGUGGAUGAUGAGAGUAAUCUUUAUGUGGGAAAAUCUGAAUUCAGCACAGUGACAGUGUAUGAAUAUCUUGAGUCUUCCUCUAAAAAUUAA